CAAUAGCAGGACCCUUAGCUAAAACUUAUUUUUAGAAAAAAGCAGAAUAGCUGCUAAAAAAUACGAGUAAAAAUAUUAUAUUGGUUGACUUGGGUGAGUCGAGAUCUAAUUCCGAUUCUGCAACGAUUCCAGAUCCCAGUACAUAGUCUCUCCGGCAACCAUGGGAGGUGCUGCGAACUCCUCAACCUCGAGAUCGAGCUCCCUGACUCUAGGAGAAAAACUUUGUGCGGCGUUAAUUCCGUUAGCAGUGCUAGUUGAGAUCGUAAUCUACAGCUUAUCGUCUUGUUUUAAUGCUCAAGGGAGACGUGCAACUAAGCCUGUUCAGACAUAUGAGGAUAUUGCACGUCUGGCUCGUAAUUCACCAUUUUCGGUUAAUGAAGUGGAAGCAUUGCGUGAAUUGUUUAAUAAGUUGAGCAGUUCGAUUAUAGAUGAUGGACUCAUACACAAGGAGGAACUCCAAUUAGCGUUGCUUAAUUCAGCGGGUGGAGAUAAUCUUUUCUUGAACAGGGUUUUUGAUCUAUUUGAUGAGAAGCAAAAUGGGGUUAUUGAAUUUGAGGAGUUUGUCCAUGCAUUGAGCAUCUUCCAUCCAUGUGCUCCAACGGAACACAAAAUUGAUUUUGCUUUUAGAUUAUAUGAUUUGAGACAAACUGGGUACAUAGAACGGGAAGAAGUUAAAGAAAUGAUUGUUGCCACUUUAAAGGAAACUGGGAUGCAUCUUUCUGAAGAAAUUCUAGAAGAAAUAAUUGACAAUACAUUUGCAGAUGCGGAUGCUGAUAUGGAUGGAAGAAUCAAUAGAGAAGAGUGGAGGAACUUUGUGGUUCAGCGGCCCCAACUCCUGAAGAACAUGACUCUUCCAUCUCUUAGGGAUGUGACAACAGCCUUUCCAAGUUUUAUAUUCAACACUGGAGUAGAUGACCUUGACAGCAGAAGUUUUUAUCAAUCUCAGUGUUGAUACAACUAUGGCGCCUUUGAUCAUUAUGCCUAUUAGUCACUGGUUAGUCAAAGGCGGCAUUUUUUUUGUUAGAAGUAUAUUUCCUCUUACGAUAUUUGUAUUCUUUUACUUGAAUGGAAAGCAUAUUCCUUUCAUCUUUUAUAAAAAAAGAUUUUAAUUCA